AUGUAUCUCUUCUGGUUUCUCCUGGUUCUAGCGGUGGAGAAGACGUCAGCUGGAUGCUAUCCAGUUUAUUCCAGCUCUGAAAUUCCUAACCAUCGGAAAAACCUAGAUUUUGAGGAGGCACCCGUCAAGCAGUGAGUUUUUUUCUGUUUUUUAGUAUCGAUUAGGUUAAAAGAUUGCCAGCAACUUGUAAAAAAAGUUUUUUUUGAGAACAAUCAAGUAAAAAAACUGCAAAAAAAAAUUAAUUUUUAAAUUUUAAAAGAUCAUGAAAACUGGUUAAACGCUUAAUGCUUUCAAAUGAAUUUAUGGUCCGUUUUGAGUCAGCCUUGUCCAUCACUGAUAGCGAGUCUAAAAAAUUCUAAUUAUUUAGCUAAAAGAGCAAACACUAGAAGAUUAUAAUUUCAGUUUGUAUGAAGAAGAUGGCGACUUCUCGCAUUGGGAAAUACCUCGAUUAACCACGAAAUGCAAAGAAAUGAUUCCCCAAAUGUGCAAAAAGUUUUUUUCAUUUAUUUUCAAAACUGGGAAAAAUAUUUUUUUAGUUUGUCGCUUGUAGAGAUUCAUGCAGUCGUCAUCUCAGGAAACUUAGGUACGAAAAGACUAAAGUGAGUCCUAGUUUAUUUUACGUAUUUUCAAGCUUGACAGGGACUCUCUUUCAAGUCAAAUUCCUCAUUCAUUUUUUUGCCGACGUUUUUUGCCAGAGAGAGCUUCCGCUAUAGUCUGUGUGCCACGACUUUAAAUUUCACCGAACAACGUUCCGCUGCGCGCGGUCGCGAAGCGUCUUUGUCUUUGCGGAUCUAGGUCACCCUUCCAGACUAUUUUUAUUGCUGAAAGAUGAAUUGUUCCACUGCGAGUAAUUGAAUGAAAGAAAAAAAUUGAAAGCGCGACCGAGAUUCGCAAAGGCGCCCGGCAGAACAGCGGAAUGUCGUUCGGUGAAAUUCCAAGUCGUGGUAAACAGACUAUACAUGUCAAGACAGUAGUAAACGAACUAAACCUCAAAAUUUUUUUUUAGAAAUACCUCAAAACGAACGUUUGCGUUGAAAUGUUCCACGUUUGUUUCGAACUUCCGUUGUGGAGGAUCGAAGAAGCUCUUCAACUCAAUACUCCCUACGAUUAUUGA